AUGGAGUCCGAAAUGUCACCAAAGGCGAAGGCAGAAUACAACCUUGGCGACGCCGAAGCAGACCAGGGGAUCGGUCAAAUCGACCAUGUCAAACACUAUGGUAUCUGGUCUUGUCAGCGGAGGCCCGCCUGCGCUAAUCUAUGGCUUUAUAAGUCGGACAAUGAUCCCUUGUUGGAGUAUAACUGGACUAAUAAUUCAUCAGUUUCCUUCAUCGGCUCACUCGCGACUGCAGCUUCUCUUGCGGAAUUGGCAUCUAUGUUCCCCACUGCAGGAGGCCAGUACCACUUCAUCAGCAAGAUGGCUCCGUUGCGCAUCGUGAAAGGCCUGAGUUGGGUUGUCGGCUGGAUCACCACUUUCGGGUGGAUCGCCGUUGCAGCAAGUGCCCCCUUUCUAUCCGGUACAAUGAUCCAGGGCUUGUUAGUCUUGAACUACGACAGUUAUGCGUUCCAGAGGUGGCAUGGCACAUUGAUAUACUGGGCAAUAUUGGUAAUCUCGGCGAUUGUGAACAUUCAGGGAAGUCGUGUGCUUCCCGUAGUAGAAAAUCUCUCGCUGGGUUUCCAUGUGGUAGCAUUCAUAAUUGUUUUCGUCGUGAUAUGUGUGGUAUCGCCCACAAAACACGUACCAGAAUUUGUAUUCGUGGACACUAUCAACAAUUCCGGCUGGGGAAAUAAUGGUAUCGCUUGGUGUGUGGGUAUGCUGUCUAGCUGCUAUGUCCUUGUUGGAUACGAUGCAGCUAUUCACUUGUGCGAAGAGAUGAAAGAUCCCAGGACAGAUAUACCACUCGCCAUGGUCGGCGCUGUACUAAUCAAUGGAACGAUGGGGUUUGGCUUUCUGGUAGCCAUCCUAUUCUGCAUGGGGGAUCUAAAAUCUGCCCUUGACACAACAACCGGCUAUCCCAUAAUUGAGAUAUUCUAUAAUAUCACCGGAAACUCUCGUUCUGCAACCGCAUUGUGCAGCACUAUAGUCAUUAUGGCUGGGCUAGCAUCAAUCCCGUUACUUACUUCAGCUAGUCGCAUGGUUUGGGUUCUUGCAAGAGACAAGGCAUUACCUGCUACUACUUGGUUAUCGAAAAUGGAUGAGCGACGACAAAUUCCCACCAUUGCCGUUGCAGUUACGUCUUUUCUUUUAGGGCUGUUGGGCCUCAUCAAUAUCGGUUCCACCUCGGCUUUCAACGCCAUAGUAUCGUUGGCAGUGUUUGGACUUGAGAUAUCAUAUCUCAUACCAUUAUGCUUCCUACUUUAUCAGCGAACGGUAUUCCCUGAAAGUAUUACUCCCGGUCCAUGGUCAAUGGGUCGUUAUGGGAUAGGGGUCAAUGUCCUGUCAAUUUGCUUUCUUGUGUUUACUUGCAUAUUUUUGCUGUUUCCACCAUAUCAGCCUCUUACAGCGGAAAAUAUGAACUACGCUUGCUUGGUUUUUGGUUCCGUGUGUAUUUUCAGUGGCGUUUAUUGGCUAUUCAAAGGUCGGUCGGUGUACGAGGGCCCUGUCCUCCCGGAUUUUGAAAAUUUGUAG